GCCUGGUGUCUCUUAGACUUCAGUGAGUGGCGCGUUCACUGCGCAAGGGACAGUUUCCUUCAGCAGCAGGAUGGACGACCCCAGAACUGGCUACUACCAAGACGUUGAGUCCAACUACCAUUCACUCUCCCAUGCAGACCCAAUGGCUUCAAUGGCGACGCGGUGUGAUCUUAAUAACGAAGUCUUUCUGCAUGCGUGUCUGCUGCCUUCUUUGUGUAUCAUCGCGCUUUUGUCAUUUUUCGAGCGCCGCCAGAAGAUCUUCUCCUUCGAGGACCGUUUCCCGUACCUCCGCGGCCGAUUCGGCGUGGUGGUGCCGCUGGACUUCACUGGAUCACUGAGGAAUCGAUGGUCAUACGCUUUCGCCAUCGGAGCAGCAGCUCCACAAAUGAUUUCCCUCUUCUCUGGCGAGAUCGUACCAAUUAAAGUGCCAAAAUGGCUCAUAACUCUUGUGUAUCUGUUGGCCGCGUUUGAGGUGGCUUUGGCUAAUCUGCCCUUUUUCACCUGUCUGUCAACAACACACAGAGCCGUGGGAGGAGCUGUGGGCCUGUUAUACACACUUGUCUGGUUGAUAGUGGCAGUAUGGAAGGCCCGCUGUGUUCAUGAAUUAUGUGAUGAAAGUCAUUUCCUUGGUAAUGUUAUGUGCUACCAAUGGUUAACGUGGUGGCCACAUUUCCUGUGUCUGGGGUUCCUCUUGCUCCAGUUUGGCUCGAUGUUGGCGAAAGAUGUGCACAACCGCCUGAAGAAAGACGCCACGCAGGUGGAAGAGGAUGAGGUUGUUCAGUCCCAUCAGUACAGAUAUGUUCAAACACUACUGAGACGGCCUCCUAUAAGGUCACUGGAGAAGAGCUGGUUCCAGAGGAAUGUGUACGACUGGGAUCCUUAUUUUAAAUUCCCCAACCGAAUGAUCGCCACCACUAUUAUCUCCCUCAUCGGACUCUACCUGCUCAUUUCAUCUGAGCAAGUUUUGACUUCAUUGGUCAUCAGGUUUAUCAACUCUCUAUUUCAAAGACCCAGUAUUUGGACUGAACAUCUGGAUUACGCCACAAAUACCUGGUAUGUCACAACAGCCUUAGCCGUACUGUCGUCUGCAGCCCACGUUGGUCACGUACUGGUGUGUUACAGGAAGCACAUUAAGAGGUUGUGGGCAGGAAAGAGAAGCUUCUUGCCAGAGAAGUACCACACAGCGAACCCUGCUGUUAGCGUGGCUGCCUUCCUAAGGUACCCUGGCUGCCAGAUCGCCUUCACGUUGUGGGGUUACGUGAUGGUGCACCUCGCCCUCUUUGUGUUUGGGAUGGUAUUUGUGCAUCUGGUGGUCAUCCCAAUCCGGAAACAAGGAUUCUUCACCUGGCUGAUUGAUGUGACCAUCUUUCUGGCGAAUUUCUUCAUCGUGCUCGCCCUGCUGAAGCUGCAGGUCCUGCUGGUUCGGUUUUUCUUCCUGCAGGACAAACUGUCGCCUCAGGACAAGCAGAAGCCCCUCGCGCUCAACCACAGGAAAGCCUUCCACAACUUCAAUUACUUCUUCUUCUUCUACAACGUGAUCUUGGGACUGGGGAGCUGCGUCUUACGACUAAUGAGUAGCGUCUUCGUCAGUUUGUUGUUGGUGUCGCGCAUCCAUCGGACCAUCAUGCCAAAGGGCUUCGAGCUGUUGGAUAAAGGCUACCGUAUGUGGAUCGGAAUGAUCAUGGCGGAUCAUUACCAUAACAACCCGGUUAUGGUCUGUUUCUGCCACCUGCUGCUCAAACGCACUGUGGAGAGACAGCCAGCCAUCAAUGUUUACUCACGCUUGAACAACGCCUCAGCGAGCCCACUAGACGUCAGAGUCCGCGCCCGCUGGCUUCUCCUCUACACUCUGCUGAGGAACCCCCAACUCAUCCUGCUGAGGAAGCGCAAAAAACUCAACAACGACAACCAGGGACAGCUGGCCGUCGUCUGGGCCACGAUGCAGAUGCAGCAAGUGGACGCAGCGGCCGUCGUCAAGUCAACUGAACCUUCACUCUUAGUGUAAAACCAUGAGCCUCAGGUUCUUCGUCCACAUUUGAUUUACAGAGAAACAUACAAAGCGAUACUUCGGCUACCUCCACUAAAAUACUGUAAAUAUGUAGGACAGUCCAGCACGUUGUUUAUAUGCUCUGAUUUAAUUGACAUUUUUUGACAUUUUUUGUAGGACGAAGCCUCGUUCAGUUUAUAUUGUCUAAUCAGCUUUAAAAGAAGCUCAGUGGUUUUAAUAUCAAGGUCAAAAUUAGCAGCCUUCAGGUAGCGGCAGCUGGUUCUGUCACCAGUUUAACUGACACAUCAAAACCUGUUAGUGUUUGUUUAUGUUUUUGUUUUUAAGAUGAGGUUUUCCACUGUGCAGUACUUUAAAAAAACAUUAAAUCGGCAUGUCAAUGAAAAAAACCUGUGUGCACUGCAUUAUACUGUUCUGGUUGCAUUUCAAUUAGGUAAAUUCGCUAAAUGUACAAGAAAGAGGUCAAGCAACAUGAAACCACUGUAGUGGAGGUUUUGCUUUUCAUUUUGGGACUAAUUCUGCAUGUCGCUACUGAAAAAUAAGUUUUGCGUUUCCAAACUGACAAAUACGCAAAUGCCUUGAUGAUGUAAGAUUUCAUUCCAUAUUCUCAAGUUGCAUUGGAUAUAUUCAGAGUUUUCAGUCAUUCUAUAUAUAUAUAUAUAUAUAUAUAUAUAUAUUAUAUAUAAUGUCGGAUGAAAACCUCAUAUCUCCAUUUUUGUCGUUUUUCAGUUUUUAACAUAAUUUGAAAAUGUCUUUUGCCCUUUACAUUGUGUGUAAAUUGCAUGAUGAAUGGACCAAAAGAAACGGCCCAAAAUGACUUAGAAAAAACUCUGGUUCCAUUGACUUACAUUAAAAGUAAAGUUGGUUUUUUCCUUCUCCUGUAAAGUUACCAUUUUGGAGAUACGAGGUUUUCUUCCGACAACAAUGAUAUAUAUAUAUAUAUAUAUAUAUAUAUAUAUAUAUAUAUAAUAGUUUUAUUUUUUAUUGUUAUAUUCCUUCCUCGUAGCGAUU